CACUUGAAGUUGAAGCAAUCACAGCAAGAAGCCAACUUGGGACUCUUAUCAUUUUUUUCAUUGAAUGAUUCUUAAGAAUCUAUCUUUUCUAUGCGCACCCUUUUCACAAACAAUCAUCCCCAUUAAUUUUAGAUGAAAGAUUACAUCUUUAUCACUUCUAUCUCACAAAUUUCCCAACUUUUUUAUGCUAAAAAUACAACAAAAAAACUCCCAAAAGUCAAAAAUUUUAGCAGUAGUGUAUUUUGUCAAAAUCAUCAUCAUUCUUCAUUCUUAUCUUUUAUACAAAAUUCUAAUCAAUUUUUUCUGUAAAAAUCAUUCAAUCUUUAAUCUUUGAUAUUUGAUAAUAGAUAUCUUACACCAUGGAAAUCAUAGCUCAAUCUUCUUACUAUGGUUUAAAACUUCCUCAGUUUUUCAUCUUCUUUGCAUUUAUUUAUGUUAUAGCACACAAAAUCUUUCAAAAUUGGGGUCCAAAACAUCGUUAUGAUGCAUGUAGUUGUCUUUUAUCCCUCUUUCAUGGAACCCCAUCAGUAAUUUUAGCCCUCUUUGCUUUAUUUUUAACAACAAACACCCAGAAUUCAGAAAAUACAAUAACAGUUUUUGCUUCAAGAAACACCCCUUUUCAAAACUUAGUGCUUGAAUUUAGCACAAGUUAUUUCAUAAUGGACCUCUUUCAUUACAUAGUUUUUAACCCAAGUGAUGUAACAUUUAUUGCCCAUCAUUUAGCCACCUUGUUUGCUCUUAGCACUUGCAGGUUUGUGGUCAAUCAUGGAGCUUUUGCUAUAUUGGUCAUCUUGGUUCUUGCUGAGGUGACUAGUCCAUUGCAGAAUGUAUGGUCUUUGGCAAGGUUAAGAAAGACCGAUUUUCGAGUUGCGAAAGAGUUGUAUGACUUGCUGUCACCUGGUUUUUACACAUUCUAUACAGUAGUUAGAGGUGUUUUUGCACCUCUGUUUGUGAUGAAGAUGGGAUUUGUGUAUGCUAGUGGAGCUGUGAAUGGUGUGAUUCCAAGAUGGGUUUGGGGUUCUUGGAUGCUUUUAACUAUAUCUGGUAUCUUUGCUAGUUUGUUGUGGAUUUUGAAUCAUUGGGUUGUGUUUUACAAAGAAGAAAUGUGCAAAAAGAAAAAGUUGAAAUGAUGUAUGGUGUCUUGAAUAGCAAGUUAUCUAUCUGAUCUUUGGUGAGUGUUGAUUUUGUGUUUGUAAAGCAUUGUGGACUAAGUUGUGGAUAGGAAGUUAUGCAAAUAUCAAAUAGUAUUUGGAAAUUAGGUUGUAUAAUUGUAUUAAAUUAGUACAUAUUAUUGGAAGUGUGUAGUGAUAAUUGCAAAAGUGAUCAUAUAUUUCUUAUCUUC